AAUUUCUUUAUUAAAUUGUUAAUUGUAUUAUAAGACAAAUUUUAGCUGAUCUUUUUAUAUGUGACGUCAUUGCAUACAGAUUAUUAAUAAAUUAAGCGUAUUCGCACUUUGCACCGGUAAUAUUAAGACGUUCUUCGAAUGAUACACAUCCACAUCAUCACGCUUUUUUUGGUUAAAAAUUUAUAACGGUUGUAAAAGUUAUUAACAAAUUCAGUUUAAUUCGCAGUUAUUUCAAUUAAUUAUUGAAAUCUUCGACAAUUAUUAAAUCAGUUAUUCUAAAGUUAUAUUAUCUAAGGUAUUACCAACAACUUACUUAUUAUUGUCAUUGAUAAUACUGUUGAAAAACAAAAUUAUCAUGAGUUUACAGUGGACAUUGAUUGCAUCAUUUCUUUAUUUUGAAAUAUUUAUUGUACUUUUGCUAGUAUUGCCAGUGGCAUCACCUACAAGAUGGCAAAAACUUUUCAAAUCACGAUUCCUUCAAACUUUAAGCAGCCAAGCUUCGUUUUAUUUCUUCAUUUUAUUAGCCAUCUUAGUUUUGUUCUUAUUAGAUGCCAUUAGAGAAAUGAAUAAGUAUUCAAGAGCAGAGUAUAAUGAACAUGGUCAUUUAGAUGCUGAGAUGCAAGGUAAUAUGAGACUAUUUCGUGCUCAAAGGAACUUUUACAUUUCUGGCUUCGCUUUGUUUCUCAGUCUAGUUAUCAGACGUCUUAUAAUUCUUAUCUCAACUCAAGCAGUUCUUUUAGCACAAAGUGAAGCAGCAAUGCGUCAAGCACAAUCAGCAACUACCACUGCUAGAAGUUUAUUAUCUCAAAAAGGAGAAACAGCUCAAAAUGAUUCUAAUGAAGCUCAUGAUAAAGUUGUCACAGAGUUAAAAACUCAGAUAGUUGAUUUAACAAAAACAAAUUCAGAGCUUGAAAGUGAACUUAAGAAAGAAAAGAAAGAUAAGGAAGCUUUGAAAUCUCAAGCUGAUUCUCUUGCUAGAGAAUAUGAUAGGCUUAUGGAAGAGCAUGGGAAAUUGACGAAAGUUGCUGACACCAACAAAAAAAGUGAUUAAGUUCAAUGUUGAUCAUUAUUUCUCACAUUGUUUUACCAUUUUAUUAUUUCAUUUUUUUAUUCCAAAUAUAUUCUAUAUUUAUUAUGUUGAUAUAAUGUUGGAUUCAUCUCAUAAUCUGUUAAAUGCUGUUAAUUUAUUUAGCCGUACUUUUUAAUAUUUCUAUAGGAAUUAAGAGUUACAUGAUUCAAUUUUAAAUAACUUAACUAAAAUUAUAAAUAUAUUAUCUUUUAUAAUGUAAAAUAGUUAUUUGAGAUUCUCAAAAAGAGCAUUUGGGAAAAUUUAUUAGAUUUAACUAAGAUUUAUUAAUAAUAUCAUUUAUACUGUAAAACUAAUUAAUGAUUUUUCUAUUCUAUUAAAAAGGCACAUCAGAUUUAAAAAUAAAAAAAUAUGG